UCAACUUUCACAAACUCUCUAUCUCUGUCUCUCACAAAGAGUUUUAGUUAUACACAGAUACAUAGACAAAAACUAUGUUCAUGGCUAAGUUUAGGUUGUUAUUGUGUUCAUUGCUUGUUUUUUUCAUGGUGUUGAGUUCAGUUUCAGGCCAAGGUAGUGCAAAGGUUCCUGCCAUGUUCAUAUUUGGAGACUCUCUCAUUGACAAUGGCAAUAACAACAAUCUUCCAUCUUUUGCUAAGGCCAACUAUUUCCCUUAUGGCAUUGAUUUUAAUGGUGGCCCUACUGGUCGUUUCUCCAAUGGAUAUACCAUGGUUGAUGAAAUAGCCGAGCUUCUUGGCCUUCCUUUGAUUCCUUCAUUCUCUCAAGCUUCAGGAGAACAAAUGCUUCAUGGAGUCAACUAUGCCUCUGCGGCAGCUGGAAUCCUUGAUGCCACUGGCGGAAACUUUAUGAGUCGCAUACCGUUUGAUCAACAGAUCAGCAACUUCCAGACCACCCUUGAUCAAAUAACAGCCAAUCUUGGGGCUGAUGAUGUGUCUCGGGCAAUCGGACAGUGCAUAUUUUUUGUUGGGAUGGGCAGCAAUGACUACCUAAAUAAUUACCUUAUGCCUAAUUUCCCAACCCGGAAUCAGUAUAAUGGACAGCAAUUUGCUGAUCUCUUGGUCACACAAUAUAGCCAGCAACUCACUAAAAUAUACAAUCUGGGAGCCCGGAAAUUUGUAAUUGCUGGGCUUGGGUUGAUGGGCUGCAUUCCAAGCAUCUUGGCCCAAAACCCAGCUGGACGUUGCUCAGACGAAGUCAACCAGCUUGUUGCACCAUUCAAUGCAAAUGUGAAGACAAUGAUCAAUCAGCUCAGUACCAAUCUACCAGGAUCCAAAUUCACUUACGUUGACAUUGCUAGUAUGUUUGAAGAUGUCCUCACCAAUUCUAGAUCUUAUGGAUUAACUGUUACAAAUCGUGGAUGCUGUGGCAUUGGGAGAAACAGAGGGCAGAUAACAUGUCUUCCAUACCAAACACCAUGUCCAAACCGAGAGCAAUAUGUGUUCUGGGACGCAUUCCACCCAACAGAAAAAGUGAACGUAAUUAUGGCAAGGAAGGCUUUCAGUGGAGACCAAAGCCAGAUUUAUCCAUUGAACAUAGAGCAGCUUGCAAGUCUUGAUAAUGAUGCUAAUUAGUUUUUAGUUAGCUUAAAGUCAUGCAAUAUAGUAUCCUUAAUCUAUAAUGCUUCUAUAUUCAGAAUUUUCCUAUGUCCACUUGAGCAUUGGAAGUAGUAACUAGAAAGAAUCAGAGAACGGUUGUGGGUGUACUGCUACUAUAAUUACAAGUUUAAUUAAUUGGUUUUGAUGGUA